AUGCACGCCAACGGAGACAUGACAACUAAAGUUGCAACCACAGAUGUGUGCAUAAUUGGCGGCGGGCCAACUGGUCUCUUCACUGGCCUUUUGCUCCACCGCCUUGGCGUUUCUGUCUGCAUCAUAGAUGGAAAGCCCAGCACUCUUGAGCUGGGUAGAGCUGAUGCACUCAAUGCGCGAACUCAGCAGUACCUGGAAGUGGCGAAACUCCUGGAUGAGCUCCUACCUGUCGGUCUGAAAUGCAACACCAGCUCUACUUUUGCAAAUGGAGAGUUCAAGUCACGCCAAAACACAUGGUGGGUUGGCCUUGAGAACACGCUGCACAAGAAUUUUCUCAUGGUUGGGCAGCCAGUUGUGGAAAAGGUCAUUGCCAGCAAGCUGGGUGAGGGCCUCGUGCGCUUCGGGGAACAGGUCGUGUCCGUGACCGAAGAUGACGAGGGCGUUGAGACCGUGACGGAUUCUGGUUUCAGGAUUCGCAGCAAGUACGCCGUGGGCUCUGACGGCGCAAAGUCCAUGGUUCGCCGGGAAAUCGGAGCUACCUUUACUGGAACAAAGCCUGAAAUGCUGUGGGCGGUGUUGGAUACCUUUAUUGACACCGACUUUCCGCUCUGCCCAGAGAUUAUCACCUUUCAGCUGAAUGGACAGUCUCGCGUCUCGUGGAUCCCCAGAGAGCGCGGAAUGUGCCGAUUUUACGUCCUUCUUGACGGAGAGGUCACGCAGGCACGAGCUGAAGAGUCGAUCAAAGAGCACAUGGCUCCCUAUAGGGUCGAGUUCAAGAAGACUGAGUGGUACAGCACUUUCGAUGUCAAGGAAAGAAUUGCAUCAACCUUUGUCUCCAAAGAUGGGUCCGGUCGUAUCAUUCUAGCCGGUGAUGCGGCCCAUGUUCACUCGGUGAACGGUGGCCAGGGGCUCAACACGGGCAUGUCGGAUGCCUUCAAUCUUGCUUGGCGCCUGGCACAGGUCGUAAAGAACCGAAACCUCCAGCCCGGGGCCGCACAGAAAAUCAUUCGCAGCUACGAUACCGAGAGGAGAAGCACGGCGCGAGACGUCAUCGACGUUGCAGCAGCUCUGGUCAGGGACACCGUCCACACCGCCAAGCAGUAUGUCGGUACUAUUGAGAAGAAUGCAGGGUACAUUACCGGUAAGCGAGUCAACCACGCAUUAGACAUGCACGACGAAGCAGAAGAAGACGUGCUAACAUGGGGUGCGCGCGAACAAGGCAUGGGAGUAACGUAUCGCGAGUCUGGCUCUCCUCUGGUGCGAGCUUCAGAGCACGGCAUUUGGACGGCAGGAAACAGAUGCCCCGAUAUGGUCCUGAAGAAGACGGAUGGGGCUGAAACGUGGCUGUAUACAGAAACAACGUACGGCAAGUAUUUGGUCUUGCACAUUGGCGGAACCCCAGCCCCCGACUUUGGUUUCAGCGACGUUGUAACCCACUACACGAUCCGCCCUGCCUCGGAAUCGGCAGCUGCGGGCGGCGACUCAAGCAGGACUUACACGGCAGACUGGGCAUCCAAGGACGAUCCGUUUGUGGUUGUCGUCAGACCAGACAUGUAUCUUGGCUUUGUGGGUGGAAGCGCGGAUGAGGCAAAGGCAUAUCUCAAGGACCUGUACCUGUAA